GCGACAGACAGGCCAGAGUCGCUCGUUUUCAAUUUGUUUCUCUCUUUUUCGGGUUUCCAAUUAACUAUUGUUCUUUCCGCUUCGUUGUGUAGUGAUUUGCCCGACCUCGAAAUGCGGCCCGAAGACCAGAAUUACACCCUCUCGCUUUUCCGUUGACAAAGGCAUUUUUGCUCGAACUGUGGAGGACUGGUCUGGGUCCGGUGCCGGCCACCUUGUUAGUUUCCGCGGCAUGGCAGAAAACGGCCAGGGAAAUACCGCUGAAGAGCUACGGAACCAGCUCGAGACGAUCGAACUGCGCCACCAGAGUUCGAGUUCCAGCUUCCCUUCAAACGCUGGCGUGGCCGAAGGGAGCUCGCAAGCCGAGGAACCUCGAGGAACACGCUCACGCCCGGCGCUGAGACUCCUUCCAGCUCGCCCAGGGGCCCGCUCCCACAGUUUUGACAGCAGCAGGUCGCCUGGUGUUCGACAGCCUCGCUCACCUCUACCAAUAAGGUCUCCCGACCUCUAUACGAUCCAGUCGCGCACUCUUGCGUCGCCACCGAGGCACGAUGGACCUUCGACCGUCCCUGCGCGCCUUCGAGCGGAAGAACCGAGGGUUUCCCUGACCCGUCCCCGUCAGACGUUUGACGAAUUGCGAGACAACAUCGAACUACCCGCGGAUACCGAAAAGAGCACUGUUACGCCCUCGCAGCUCGGUUGGGGUGGUUGGAAAAAGGACCGCAAAAGGGGGCCUGCUAGCCGCUCGUGGAUCAAGGUCCAGGAGGCUACCGAGAAGGCCUACAAUCGAUACAUUGUGGAGGGGCUGCUGAGGCAGAAACCGACCCCGCCGAGCAAGGAUGGGAGGCAUAUCCCUCUGAGACCGGGACUGGCGAGACGGAAGCCCCUGAAGGACGAGCGGACGGGGCACUCCUACGUGCCCAAUCUCAUCCGGUCGAGCCGAUAUACCGUCUGGGAUUUUCUGCCCAAGCAGCUGUUUUUUCAGUUCAGCAAGCUUGCCAACUUUUAUUUCCUCAUCAUUGGUAUUCUGCAGAUGAUACCCGGCCUCAGCACGACGGGCACAUAUACGACAAUCGGGCCUCUGAUCGCAUUUGUGGCCCUUAGUAUGGCAAAGGAGGGAUACGACGACUACCGCAGGUACAGGCUCGACAAGCUGGAGAAUAGGAGCUCCGUUUCCGUGCUGGACCCGGAGGGCACCGUUAGAAGGGAGCCCAGGAUAGAGCGCCGCGUGUCUCGGGGAUUCUUUAAGAGGGAAAAGCCGGCGGCGGAGGCAGGGGCGCAAGCGACCGAGUUGGAAUCCGCGUGUGCUGAAGGCGCAGAGCCCGGGCAGUGGGCAAAGGUGGAGUGGCAGGAUCUGAGAGUGGGAGAUAUCGUUCGACUGCACCGAGACGAGAACGUGCCCGCCGACAUCGUCCUGCUCCACGCAACGGGCCCGAAUGGCGUCGCAUUCAUCGAGACGAUGGCGUUGGACGGCGAAACGAACCUGAAAAGCAAGCAGGCCUGCCCGCUACUCGCCAAGCACUGUUCUUCCAUCGCCGGAAUGGGACGGAGCGAAGCCGAAAUCGUGUCGGAAGACCCGAAUAUCGAUCUUUACAAUUUCGAGGGCAGAGUUACCAUCAACGGCGAAACCAUGCCGCUUACACUAAACGAGGUCGUCUACAGGGGCUCGACGCUGCGAAAUACCACCUAUGCCAUUGGGCUGGUCAUCAACAGCGGCGAGGAGUGCAAGAUCCGCAUGAACGCCAACAAGAAUGUCCGCGCCAAGGCCCCAGAGCUGCAGUACGCUGUCAAUCGCAUUGUCCUCAUGCUGGUGUUUUUCGUCAUCGUCCUCAGCGUCGGUUGCACCGUCGGCUAUAUCGUUUGGCGUCGCGAGUACCAGGCCUUCGCGUGGUACCUUAACCAUGGGAGUGUACCGCUGGGGCAAAUCUUUAUCGCCUUUGUCAUUGCUUACAACACGCUCAUUCCACUCUCGCUCUACGUCAGCCUCGAAAUUGUGAAGCUCGGCCAGCUGUUCCUUCUCAGCGACAUCGAGAUGUACGACCCGGUUACGGAUACGCCCAUGGUGGCCAACACGACCACCAUUCUGGAGAACCUGGGGCAGGUUAGCUAUGUCUUCUCCGACAAGACUGGUACCUUGACUGAGAACUUGAUGAAAUUCCGCAAAAUGAGCGUCGCCGGAACCGCAUGGCUCCAUGACGCGGACCUGCGCGCAGAGGACGAAAAGGGUGGCCGGGGUGUGCCGUGCAAAGAGACCGUUGAACAGACAGGGAAGGCCCCGGCAUUGAGCCCUAGGGUGUCAGUUCGUCCAGCUGAGACGGAGAUGAUGGAUGAGUCUCCCGUUGAGAGCCGUCGGGCCCAGGGCGGCCGUGCUCCGCGGACGAGCACUACUUCGAGGUGGAAAUCCUCAGUCCACCCAGCUCAAAACCAGCCCGAGCUCAAUACGGAUGACCUCCUUCGCUAUCUCGCCAACAAGCCCCACUCGCAGUUCUCGCGCAAAACCCGGCAGUUCAUCCUCUGCCUGGCGCUGUGCCAUACUUGUCUCCCGGAAACGGGCGAAGACGGGGAAAUCAGUUUCCAGGCUGCGUCUCCCGACGAGCUUGCUCUGGUAGAGGCCGCGAAGGAACUGGGUUUCCUCGUUGUUGACAGGGCGGCGCAGUCUAUGACGUUGCAAGUGCGCAACUCGGCUGGUGCAACCAUCACCGAGAAAUAUGAGAUCCUGGACGUCAUCGAGUUUAGCAGCAAGCGCAAGCGGAUGUCCAUCAUUAUCCGCAUGCCUGAUGGCAGGCUGUGCAUCUUCACCAAGGGCGCCGAUAGCGUCAUUUUGCCGCGUUUGAGGCAAAAGCAGCUUGCCAUUCAGACUGCCUCAGCCGUCGAAAGGAGGGCGAGCAUGCGCAGGAGUGUCGAGCAAGAGAUGGCUCUCCGGCGGCAAAGCAUGCAUAGCCAUAAACGGGAUAGCAUAAAUAUCAGGCGGACAUUGGACCGGAGGGAUAGCUGGCGGCGCUCUAUGGCUAUCACGGAUGAAGUUGAUCACUGGCUCUCUCGCCGUGAGAGCGAGGGCGUAGAUGCGUCACCAAGCGAAUCCGAUCCCUACCACAGUCCCCGCCGCUCUGUGGGAGGUGCCCGGUCGCUGGAGCUUGCUCGCCUCGCUGAUCCUUAUGAGGGGAUGGUGGACGAGUCAUUGGCGCUCAACGAGGCGGCCGUGUUUGAGCGCUGUUUCCAGCACGUCGACGACUUUGCCACCGAAGGGCUCCGGACGCUCAUGUUUGCGUACCGCUAUUUGGAGGAGGAUGAUUAUCGGAAAUGGAAGGAUGUGUACCUCCAGGCCACUACCAGCCUCGUCAAACGCCAGGAGCGCAUCGAGAGUGCGGCUAAGCUCAUCGAACAGGACUAUGAACUCGCCGGGGCCACGGCUAUUGAAGAUAAGCUGCAGCAGGGUGUGCCCGAGACGAUCGACAAGCUCCGGCGCGCCAACAUCAAGGUUUGGAUGUUGACCGGCGACAAGCGGGAGACGGCCAUCAACAUUGCCCAUUCAGCCCGGAUUUGCAAGCCUUUCUCCGAAGUCUAUAUUCUGGACAUCACGCAAGGCAAUCUCCAGGAACGGCUCGCCAUGACACUCACUGACGUCUGCCGCGGCAUGGUCCCGCACUCGGUCGCCGUGAUCGACGGACAUACGCUGUCGGUAGUAGAGGACAACCCCGCGCUCCGCGUGCUAUUCUUCGACCUAGUCGCUAGAGUCGACUCGGUUAUCUGCUGCCGUGCGUCGCCCUCGCAAAAGGCCAACCUCGUCCGUUGCAUCCGGCACCAAUCCCCCUCAGCCGUCACGCUCGCCGUCGGCGACGGCGCCAACGACAUCGCCAUGAUCCAGGCCUCGCACGUCGGAAUCGGCAUUUCCGGCCGCGAGGGCCUGCAGGCCGCGCGCAUCUCGGACUACUCGGUCGCCCAGUUCCGUUUCCUCCAGCGCCUGCUGUUCGUCCACGGCCGCUGGAACUACGCUCGUAGCGGCAAGUACAUCCUGGGCACCUUCUGGAAGGAGGUCGUCUUCUACCUGCUGCAGGCCCACUACCAGCGCUACAACGGCUACACGGGCACCUCGCUCUUCGAGUCCACCUCCCUCACCGUCUUCAACACCAUCUUCACCUCCCUCUCGGUCAUCAUCCCGGGCAUCUUCGAGCGCGACCUAACCGCCGAGACCCUGCUCGCCGUGCCGGAGCUGUACACGUUCGGGCAGCGCUGCCGCGGCUUCAACUUCCCGCAGUACCUCGGGUGGAUGGCCAUGGCGGUCGCCGAGUCGGGCAUCAUCUACUACGCCCUCAUGUUCCUCGAGGUCCACGACCGCACCCUCGUCAUCCUCGCCGGCAUGGCUAUUUCCAUCCUCGGCUGGUGGCUGUGGAACAUCCUGCUGAGCGUCGUGUUUGGCGGCAAGAUCGGGCCGUACGUCGUGCGCGAUGCCUUUCUCGAGGGCUUCGGCCGCGACGGCUUGUGGUGGCUCGUGCACUUUAUCGUGCUGUCCGCGCUGAUCGUCUUUGAGCUCGGCGUGUCGGCCGUGAGGAAGUCGCUGUGGCCGACGGAUCGGGAUCUGAUGCAGGAGGUGGAGCAUGUGCAUGGGGUGAAGGACGUGUUGCGGGAGCAUGCGGACGGUGGGGAGGCGGGGCUCGCCCAUGCCGGGGCUGGCGGGGAGGGUGGUGGUGGUGGCGGUGGUGGUGGUGCUGCCGCCGCUGCUGCGAGGGCCGGGGGCGAUGCGGCCUCGCUCAAGACAGUCACGUCGAUGUCGGCGUCGGCGUCGGCGCCGUCGCAGGGGCCCGAGGAGACGGUGCCCGGCUGGCAGCGGUGGGAGGGGCAGGCGUCGCAUUCCGCGCACGGCGCGGCCGGUACGCCCGUCAGCGCGCGUCUGACGGGGGAGUUUGUGCGGCGCCAGUUUACGCCGCCGGCGGAGGAGCGUGAGAACCCCAUGGAGAGUGUGGAGGCCAAGGGUAAGGGGGAUGCGCGACGGGGUUGAUGUCACGUUCGUUUAUGACUAAAUGGGGUAUGUUGGAAAGGGGUCGGCUCGCGUGAGAUUUUGGAUUGGGAAGGAUGCACAAAUCUAUAUAUAUACCGCCAAAGCUGUGUAUAUCGGUGCAUUUACUUGGAGCAUGGGUGUUUGGGCGUAUUGGGCAUUUGGUCUUGGUUUUGCGCAUUGGAUAUCUUGAGCUUUCUUGGGGUAUUUUGGAUCAACUGCAUCACAUUCAUUAUCGGCUGAGGCCUUGUCAAAAAGGAGGUGGGGAUACCCUAGUCGAGAGCAAAUACAGCAUGUUUUUUUUUUUG